AUGGGUUGUUGCAUGUCAUCAGACCAAGAUUCGGCAAAUCAACACCUCCAACCUCAUGGACAUCAUCAGUUCCUGAACAUACACGAAGCUCGCAAGAGAAGGCAAUCGUUCGUUGUUUUCAGAAACUGUAAUGCGACUGCAAAACGAAACACAGAACACAAAAGAUGUCUAUAUUUUCUUGUUUUGCACUGUUUAUUGUACUUCUCGUUCAAGUCUGCCUGUUGCAUUGAAGUUUCACCGUAGAGUAUAGUGGAAAUCACCGAAGCACAUUUUUGUUGACACUGGGCACUGAUUGCUGAAAAGAUAUCAAGAUAACCAAACAAUUUGUUUUUCAGUUCGAUGGGUGUUGGUAUGGGCGUUGCGAUGAUGAUGCAGCAGGCUGGAGCAUUGGUUGGAGCAGCUCCAGCUCCGCCGGAUGCAGCUGCUAUCCAGUCACAGAUUCGAAAAGCUAAGGUGAACAUUCCUAUUUUAUAUUUUAUCAUUAUUUUUCGGUACAAUAUUCAGCAGCAUAAAUUUGGAAGAAUCGUAUUGAUUGUUUCUAUUUAGGCUGAGGGUCGGACGGUCACUAUGGUAAAUGGCGCUUUGUACUUUGACUAUCAGCUUGUUGCUCGGAUUCCACCUCACUACGACAUCAGACUUUGA